AUGUUGAGGAAUUCUUCCAGUGUCACUGAAUUUUUUCUCUUAGGCUUUCCUGCAUCUCAAGAAGUACAUCGUGUCCUCUUUGCUACCUUCUUCUUCUUAUACUCAGUGACAGUAAUGGGAAACACAGUUAUCAUUGUCACUGUCUGUGUUGAUAAACGCCUGCAUUCCCCCAUGUACUUCUUCCUUGGCCACCUCUCUGUCCUGGAGAUCCUGAUCAUAUCCACUGCUGUCCCUUUUAUGCUCUGGGGGCUGCUGCUUCCAAAGACUCAGAUAAUAUCUCUGACUGCAUGUGUUGCACAACUAUAUUUGUAUCUUUCUUUGGGUACCUCAGAGUUGGCCCUAAUGGGAGUGAUGGCUGUGGACCGGUAUGUGGCUGUCUGCAACCCUCUGAGGUACAACAUCAUUAUGAACAGCCAUACCUGCUUGUGGGUAAUAAUUGUGUCAUGGGUGUUUGGGUUCCUUUCUGAAAUCUGGCCAGUCUACGCCACAUUUCAGCUCACAUUCUGCAAAUCGAAUAUUUUAGAUCAUUUCUACUGUGACCGAGGGCAGUUGAUCAAGUUGGCCUGUGAUGACACCCUUUUCACAGAGUUUGUUCUAUUUUUAAUGGCUGUUUUCAUUAUCCUUGGGUCUUUGAUACCUACAAUUGUUUCCUACACCUACAUCAUCUCCACUAUCCUCAAGAUCCCCUCAGCCUCUGGAAGGAGGAAAUCUUUCUCCACGUGUGCCUCUCACUUCACCUAUGUUGUGAUCGGCUACGGCAGCUGCUUGUUCCUGUACGUGAAGCCCAAGCAAACGCAGGCAGCUGAGUACAACAGGGUAGCAUCACUGCUGGUUUUAGUGGUGACCCCUUUUCUGAACCCUUUUAUCUUCACUCUCCGCAAUGACAAAUUCAUACAGGCUUUUGGAGAUGGCAUGAAACACUGCUAUCAGCUCCUCAAGGAUUAG